CCUGUUAAUGCAUGACUUUGCCCUAUUACAUAACAUGUAACAUUGCUUAACAAGGUUGACACCCAGGAAGUGACAUCAUUUGGAUCUUUUUACAGCAUGGCAUAAAGACAAGUAAAAAAAAAAAAAAUACUGAUAUAAUUGUGUCGACUGCAUUCAUCAAACUGAACUAUUCAACCCUGUUAAGUUACUAUAAGAAGAAAAUCUAACAACAUCUUCACAAGUUUAUCAAUAGCCAAAAACCAACAAUUGGUUCCCAUCUGGUUAGACCCUCCUGAGUGAUCAUUUAGGAUUUAGGCCCGAUUAUGUAACCUGUUCAUGGACAGUGCCAUCUAAAUCACAAGUCUGCCAAAAUUUGCUCUAACAUUAAAAGGAAGUAUGUAAACAAGUGGAAAAAUAACUUGUUUUAUGCCCACAUUUAUGACUGUAGCCUGCUGUCCACGCCCUCUCGCUCACAGCCAUCCAGAUCCUGCUGUACAUUGAGAGGAGAAGCAACACAACGCAUACAGGGACUCACAGGUUUUUGAUAAUGGAGAAAGACUACUCACCCCCGCAUUAUUCUAGUCCUCAUAUGGACCAGACAGGCAUAAACUACCCUGGGCAGCAGGCAGCAUACCCAUCUCAAGCAGGUCCACAAGCUGCACCUUCCCAGCCACCUCCAUAUGGGUUUGGGUAUCCAACCAUCACUAUCCAGCCCACGAUGGUCCCUAUAGUUGCCCAGAUGGCAGUCAUGAAUCUCACUGAUAUACCAGGCCGCAUUACCUGUCCUCACUGCAUGACGGACAUCAUCACGGAAGUCGAAUAUAUCAAUGGAUUGCUCACCUGGUUAAUCUUCGGAAGCCUUGUGAUUUUUGUGUGCUGGCUCUGUUGUUGCAUCCCAUUCUGUGUGGACACAUGCAAGGAUGUGAAACACACCUGUCCAAACUGCAAGAACAUCAUCCGCAUUUACAAACGUUUGUAGCACAUGCUGCACCAGAGAACAUGAAGAACCAUCAAAAAACUGAGAACUUGCAUUAUGUUACCCUAUUACAAAGUUUUGGUGACCGAAGAGAUGUCUUUUGUUCUUCUGUACACAACCACUACAAAGUCUAUUAACUUACCUUUUGUUGCAAUAUCUCUAUCCAAUCCAUUCGUAUAUUUCAUAUGGGAGUUAAUGAGUUUAUAUUUUGAAAUCCUGUAGAACAGAUGCAUAGAUUAAAUCACAACCUGACAAAUGUGUAGAACAAUAGUUUAGACAGAUAUUUCUAGUAAUAGAAUUACACUUUCUCUGGAAGGAUGCCGCAUGCUUUCC